AUGUCGUCCAAACACUUCGCCAACGAGCCUCUCGCUCUCGUCAAUGCCGCGCUCCGCUCGGCCACCUACACCAACCCCUCCAUCGCCUUUGAUGUCGCGCAAAAGACUGUCUUCCUUCGCGAUGCGGCCUCUCAGCCAACCAUUGCAUUGAUUUCCGGCGGAGGCUCUGGCCAUGAGCCGUCCUUUGCUGGCUUUGUUGGCAAGGGAUUCCUGACAGCGGCGGUUGCUGGCUCCGUCUUCGCCUCUCCUUCAGCUGAGCAGGUCUUCCGUGCUAUUCGCCGCGUAGGCGCAGAACAGCCCCAACGAGGUGUUCUGGUAAUCAUCAUGAAUUACACGGGCGAUAUGCUGCACUUUGGCAUGGCAGUCGAGAAAGCUCGUGCUGAGGGCAUCAAGACAGAGCUUCUGGUUGUUGGAGACGAUGUUGGCGUUGGCAGGAAGCGUGGCGGCAGAAUUGGAAGGAGAGGUUUGGCCGGAACGGUUCUCGUGCAGAAGAUUGCAUCCGCUGCUGCAGCUCAGGGCCAGUCUCUUGAGCAAGUCGCUCGAAUCGCUAGUCUUGCCUCAGACAAUCUCGCCACCGUUGGUGCUUCCCUAGCUCAUGUCCACGUUCCAGGUCGAGAAAUUACUCCUGAUGAGCUUGGCGAUGAAAUUGAAAUUGGUAUGGGUAUUCACAACGAAGAGGGGUUUGGUCGCGUUAAGACGACCCUGAAAGGCCUCGUUGAGACCAUGCUCAAGCAACUCCUUGAUCAGUCCGACAGUGAUCGCGCUUAUAUCAAGGUCAAUUCUGGAGAAGAGGUUGUUGUUAUGGUCAAUAAUCUUGGUGGUAUUAGCCCUCUCGAACUUGGAGCAAUUACCACGGAAGUUAUCGAUCAGCUUGAUGCUUCUUACAAGAUUAAGCCAUCAAGGCUCCUCAGUGGCACAUAUAUGACCAGCUUGAACGGUUUGGGAUUCAGCGUUACUAUUCUCAAAGUAACGGAUAAUGCGAUUUUGCCUUUGAUUGAUGCCCCUGCCGACGCAGCCGGCUGGUCACCAGCUGUGCGUCCCGAAAACUGGGUUCGCGGAAUUGAUACCACAAAGUCAGAGAUCAAGCAGGAGGCUCCUUCUCAAGAUGACUCAACUCCUAGUAAUCUCGAUUUGGACGCUGCAUUCACCACCACAAAGCUAAAGACAGCUCUUAACAGCCUCAUUGUUGCUGAACCACAAGUCACUAAAUUUGAUACCAUUGUUGGCGACGGUGACUGUGGACUCUGUCUCAAGACGGGAGCCGAAGCUGUUUUGAAGCACCUGGAAGGCGUCUCUACAUCAGGACAGCUCGACACCGUACAAUUCGUUCGAAACAUUGCACAAGUCAUAGAGUCAAGUAUGGACGGUACUUCAGGCGCUCUUUACGCCAUCUUCGUCAACGCUCUAUCUUCGGGCCUUCAAGACCAGGCCACCAUCCAAAAGUCUACUGUCACGCCAAAGAUCUGGGCAGCUGCCCUCCAGGGUGCUCUCAAGAGUUUGGCCAAAUAUACACCCGCUCAGCCGGGCGAUCGUACCGUGGUAGACGCUCUUGUGCCGUUUGUCAAUACGCUGGCCGAGACGCUGGAUGUUCAAAAGGCCGUCGACGCUGCGAGGAAGGGUUCAGACUCAACAAAGGGCAUGGAGGCUAGUCUGGGGCGGUCCGUGUAUGUUAAUGCCGAGGGGUGGAACGAAUGCCCUGACCCUGGCGCAUAUGGCCUUGUCAAGCUGCUGGAGGGUUUCUUGGACAUUUUAAAUUGA